CCCGUCGUCAAAGGCGCCACAAAGCCCGCCCACGGUCCCCAUGGAAACAGCGGGGGACGCCAACCUCGCGGAGGACCGGGGCGGGACGACGGCGGGGGCUGCCUACCUGGGACCAUCGCCUAGUCGCAGGGUCCCUGCUCUUGGUGGCCGCCAUGAAUCAGGAAGUGAACCUUGAGGAUACUCCUACGCAAAGAAGCUCCAGAGAGUGCACUGAGACUCAGGAGGUGUCCUUUGUGGAGACUUUGGCCAAGGAGGACAUUGAUGCUGCUGUGGAGAUCAUCCUGUGCCGAGAAAGCUACAUCAUAGAGGAAAUAAACAAGUAUCUGCAGCGCCAGGAUUUUUUAAAUUCAAGGAGGAAGGAGCUGCUGCACAAGAGAUGGACUGAGAACGUGGCCUUUCCUCUUCAGCAGAAAAUCAUUGACAAAGUCGGUUCCCCCAAGGAGAUCGAAAAGAGGAAGUGCCUGGAGCUGGACGGUUACUUGCGGUUCAGGGACGCCACGGUUAUGAUCCCUCUGUUCCGCGACCCCCUGUUACAAGCCCAGCAAGACAGAGAUGAGGAGAACCGAGCGAUUCUUCAGUGCGAGACAGGGAAAAUGUACACCAUGAAGGAGUUUAAGGAGCUGGAGAAAGCCGAGCAGCUGGCCAAGCUGCCGCAGUCUUCCCUGGCCCGUCAGAACGUGGGCCCCCACGAGUGGCUGAGAGUCCCUUUUGGGUACAUGGAAAGUGAAUUUCGCCAAAAGUCCAGGUUAAAGGUGAAAGUGGAUCGGAACCAGCUCAGCUCGGACUUGGUUUUCUAUCCUUCCCAAGCCAGGGGAGAAGCAGCCAAGAUCUCCCAGGCAGACCCUCCCCAGAUGGCCAGCAGCACUUGGACCUCUCUCUCCGGACAGUUUCCUGAGGAGGAGCCAGGCGUGGUCCAGAGCACUGGCCAGUCGGAGCCUGCAUCCAGAGUGAAGGAAGGAAUCGCAGCAACUGACCUGCCAGAACUGGCUGAGAAAGACGGCCAGAGCUUCUGAAGGCGGCCGGCCUGCACGGGGCAGCGGGGCCAUGCUGGGCGACGUCCGGGGCCGACGUGCGGGCCCUUCUAAGGACUGCAAUAAAUGAUUGUUUCCCUCUG